AUGGAGAUGUGGAUUGAUUCUAUGAAAACACUCUUCGAGGAUCUGUACACCUUAAAGCGGGACAAGGUACACCUAGCCGUGCACUAUUUGAAACAGUCGGCGAAGAUCUGGUGGAAGGACGUCAAGCGAGACCGAUCACCUAGUCUCCCUCCUAUGACUUGGGAAGAGUUUCGGGGAUUGAUAUUCUCUGCCUAUUUCCCCGACAGUGAGAAAAUGAAGCUUCAGGAGAGGUUCCGGAAGCUGCGGCAAGGAGACCGCUCAGUUAGGCAAUACGAGCAGGAAUUCUCUCGUAUCGUGCAUUGUAUCCCAAACGUGGUGCGGGAUGACAAGGAUAAGGCUGACUGCUUCGUGCGUGGACUUCGGCCAGACCUUUAUAAGGAUAUGCUCGUGCUUAAAUUACAGACUUUUGCUAAAGUCUUGGACCGAGCCCUGUGGAUAGAACAAGGCAACACAUUCCUGCGGGAUGAGCGUGAGGCAUACUACAAGAAAAAAGGGAAAGGACGGCCAAUGAGUGCACACGAUGGUAGAGAGCCGAGUCGUGCUAGCAAAUGGCUAGUGAGGGUUCUUACACAAGAGAUGAGACUCGUGGUGAACGUGAAGUGGUGA